GACAGGAAGCCAGCCUGGCUCCUGGCUUUGGGGCUGGGAACUGUGGGAGGAGGGCCCAGGCCCCACUGGAGGCAACCUUUAGUAUCAAGACCCCAGGAACCAAUCCUCUGUCCAGAAAGAGGGACACAGGCUUGUGGCAUUUCUCCAGAGACUCUCUAGGGGAGGGAGGACCUCCCUGGAACCAUAGGCCUAGCCUCUGACCCUGGAAACACCCAGCUUGGGCCUGCCUGAGGGCCAACAAGUCAGGGCAGGGGGCAGCAAAUUUUUAACUUGGAACGUUGAUCAUUAACAGGGGUAGGAAAGAGUCCAAACUCAGCAUUCCUUGAGGGCAGAGACCAGCUUGAUCUCGAGCCUCCUGUGGAGAUGCUGGUCCCCCAAGUCUGGUCCUCUGUGAGGCCGGGGCUGAGCAAGUUCUUGUCCAGGACCCUGGGGGGCUGGCCCUCAGGGGAGGGGAGGAGGAUGGACCUCUCGGGCAUCUACCCGCCUGUGACCACCCCUUUCACUGCCACGGCCGAGGUGGACUAUGGGAAACUGCAGGAGAAUCUGCAUAAACUGGGCACCUUUCCCUUCCGAGGCUUCGUGAUCCAGGGCUCCAAUGGUGAGUUCCCCUUCCUGACCAGCAGUGAGCGCCUGGAGGUGGUGAGCCGUGCACGCCAGGCCCUGCCCAAGGACAAGCUCCUGCUGGCCGGCUCCGGCUGCGAGUCUACUCAGGCCACGGUGGAGAUGACGGUGAGCAUGGCCCAGGUCGGAGCUGACGCCGCCAUGGUGGUGACCCCUUGCUACUAUCGUGGCCGCAUGAGCAGCGCCGCCCUCAUUCACCACUACACCAAGGUGGCUGACCUGUCUCCAAUUCCUGUGGUGCUGUACAGUGUCCCAGCCAACACGGGGCUGGACCUGCCGGUGGAUGCGGUGGUCACGCUUUCCCAGCACCCCAAUAUUGUGGGCAUCAAGGACAGCGGGGGUGACGUGACCAGGAUUGGGCUGAUUGUUCACAAGACCAGGAGUCAGGAUUUCCAGGUGUUGGCCGGAUCGGCUGGCUUCCUGCUGGCCAGCUAUGCCAUAGGAGCUGUGGGGGGCGUGUGUGCCCUGGCCAAUGUCCUGGGGGCUCAGGUGUGCCAGCUGGAGCGACUCUGCCUCACAGGGCAAUGGGAAGAUGCCCAGAAACUGCAGCACCGCCUCAUCGAGCCAAACACUGCGGUGACCCGGCGCUUCGGGAUCCCAGGGCUGAAGAAAACCAUGGACUGGUUUGGCUACUACGGAGGCCCCUGCCGCUCCCCCUUGCAGGAGCUGAGCCCCGCCCAGGAGGAGGCGCUGCGCCUGGACUUCGCCAGCAACGGGUGGCUCUGAGCGCCGGCGGGACUGCCAGACCACGCCCACCUCAGCCUCCCGCCGGGUGGCGGCGGCCUGAAGGAAAGGCGGGGAGAGGAGGGCUCAGGGCUCGAGGCUCCUCUUCUUACUUCAGUCCUCCAGGUAGACUUUCUCCAGGCACUACCAGGCAUGCCCAUUUCCUGUCCUCCCAGCCCCCGAUCUCUGAUCUCUGGGUAUUUGUAUCCUGAACUCUGGGUCUUUAGAGACCUUCAGUGUAGGAAGGAACAUGACUUAUAUAUCUCUCUACUGUGCUUUUCUGUCCCCUGAGACCCGUGAACCAGGAGUCAGACGGGAAGGGUGUCGGGCACAGAAAGGCUAUGUUUUAAUGGCAGGAAGACUGCUUAGGCUUGAGGGUACAAACCUGUGUCCAGCACAGCGCAGCAGGAAGCUGGUGUAAUUCUAAGAGCCCUAGUUCUGACUCCUUCCAGGAGAAGCGGUAGGUUGGAAAAUUUGAUCAGAAAGCCGUCACUGGUCUUUGACAGUCCCCCAAGCUACACUGUAGUCCUUUCCUAAAUCUAUUUUGAUUCAUCUCAUAUUGUCUCUAGCCUUGAUCCCAGCCAUCAAAUGUACCAGUGAGACAGCCCAGUGACUUAACCAGAACUGGUAAACAAUGACACCUGGUGGAUAAAUGUGACAUUCUAGAAGGCUAUGCUAGCCAACCCAGGUCUGAAACAUUAAGAACGGGGACUUGACCUGAGAAAAGACCAUCUUCUUGCCUAUACACACUCUGCUUUUAUUAUUAAAAACAGUUACUUUGUUAUUGCAAUAAAGUUUAAUUUAAAAAAAAAGUAAAAA